AUGGACAAGCACAAAGGAAAGCCCUCUGAUGCCCCAGAAGACAGAAUGACGCGAUUUGGGUCAUCUGGAAAGGCGAUAUACGAGAUUGCUCCGAAGCCCCCUGUCGCAUCCCUUUGGCACAAGUUGAGAUCGGACACAAUGACUGUUGACGACUAUUACACGAUCCCCAAACGUGAACUCGAAAGAUUUGCGGCUCUGUCUGGUGAUAACACCGCCUCGCUGCUCUUAAAGGCCAAGAAUAACCAGGAAACACUCGAUGCAGGUGGCAAACUUGGUCCUGCACAGGGUGUUUUCAGCAAUGAGGACGUACCCGAUCUGAUCUCCCAGGCAAGACAGAAUGCGCAGAACGGCGAGAUUGUCAAUGGCAAUGAUACCAUCACCAAACGUGACGGGAAUUCGAAUGAAGAUACUCAGCAAGAUGGCGGCAGCCAAAAGGAAGGGGACGAACAGGAAGAUGCCAGUCUCGUCCGCUAA